AUGGAUAUCAAACAGGCAAGUUUCCGUCUAGGUCGAAAGGGCGACCUGAUCAAGGACGGAUCUAACGAAAAGUGGACCGAGACAGAACGGCGCCAACGCGAGGUCGAGCCUACGGGUACUCACUACAUCGGAAUGGGGGUCUCGGGAGGAUACCAAGCCGCCCGCAGAGCCCCGUCUCUCUCGCCCGGCGGCACAAAGGAAGCGCUCGAUCUCGCGUUCCCGUUCCUGCAAAAGAUUGCCGCGAAAGGUAGCAAGGGAAACGUGUGCGUUGCAAAGACAGGCCCCGGCGGCAGCGGGCACUACGACAAGAUGGUCCACAACGGCAUCAAACAGGGCAUGAUGACGCCGCUAAACCUCGAGACGGGCCACCACGUCCUCUCCAACGUCAGAGACAAGGUGGUUCAGGACGCCGAUAACAGCGAGGGCACCGGCGCGUGGGCCUGCGAAGAGGUGGUGCGCUUGCACGUCCCCGGCCCGACGAUCCUCUCGUCGCACCUCCUGCGCCUAGCGUCCGCCGAUGCCACUAAGCGCAAGAUGAUUCUCCAAGCGUUUGGUUCCCGCGUGGGCAACCCCAGCAUGAUCGAGACAGACAAGAGUGCCUUCUUACGAGAUUUGCGCGACGCCGUGUACGCGUCCUUCCUGGCGUCUUUUAUCCAGGGCUUACAUACGCUGGCGAGGGCGGACGAAGAGUAUGGCUGGGGCAUCGAGUUCCGCGCCGUGCUCCAGGUAUGGCGCGCCGGCUGCAUCAUCCGAUGCAACGCCCUCGUGGACCUGCUUGACGGGGUAUAUGCCAACGACGACGCGGGACGCUGCGACAAGGCCAAGCUGCUCAGCCACCCGGUCCUCGGCGCCGAGAUCCAGAGGGCGUAUCCGGGGAUUCAAGCGAGUCGUGGCCCGUGCGAUAGAAGCGGACCAGAGGCGGACCUGGAUUACUUUGGGGAGCACAUGUUUGAUCUGAAGACGGAGGCUCCGGGGGCCGAAGAAGGGGUCGCAUCAUUUCUAGUGGCAUCCGGCGCGGGGAUACGGCAGGAUGGCUAG